UUCAUUUAGGUUAUAUAUGAAAUACAUGCUCUUUAGAACACACCAUUGUGCACAAAAGCUUUUAUAUGCUUUUAGAAAAAUGAGUUCCCCUUCUCCAAAGAAAGCAUGUGGUAGAUUAACCAUUGGAACUCAUGAUGGUACCUUCCACUGUGAUGAAGUUACAGCAUGUUGGAUGCUUAAACAACUUCCUAGAUACAAGGAUGCAGAGAUUGUUCGGACCAGGGAUAAUUCUAAACUGGGUCAAUGUGAUAUUGUUGUAGAUGUAGGAGGAGUUUACGAUCCAAAAACCUUCCGAUUUGAUCAUCAUCAAAGGUCUUUUAAUGGUACCAUGAAGAGCCUUGCGAAUGCCAAGUGGGAGACCAAGCUCAGUAGUGCUGGCCUUGUUUACUUGCACUAUGGGAAAGAAGUUAUUUCACAGUUAAUAAAAAUGCCGCCUGACGACAGAGAUGUUAAUCGUUUGUAUGAUAAAAUCUACGAGAAGUUUAUUGAAGAAAUUGAUGGUAUAGAUAACGGCAUUGAUCAGUAUGACGGCACUCCUAGAUACCAAAUAACUACAAAUUUAUCAUCCAGAGUAUCAGGGUUAAACCCAGCCUGGAACGAAAAGGAACCUAAUGCUGAUGCUGGUUUUAAGAAGGCAAUGGAAUUGUGUGGUUUGGAGUUCAUGGAUCGUAUUAACUAUUAUAAGGACAGUUGGCUUCCAGCAAGAACCAUUGUUGAAGAAGCUGUCGGUACCAGAAAGAAGGUUGAUGCCAGCUGUGAGAUUAUCGUGUUCAACAAGUCUGGCUGUCCAUGGAAGGAGCAUUUGUUUGAUAUAGAAUUAGAACAAGCGCUUGAGCCAACUAUUAAAUUUGUGUUGUAUCAAGAUCAGAAUCAUAACUGGAGAGUGCAGUGUGUUCCAGAAACACUUGGAUCGUUUCAGAAUCGAAUAAGUUUAUGCGCAUCAUGGUGUGGUUUACGUGAAGACACACUCUCCACCGCUUCCGGUAUAUCUGACUGUGUAUUUGUACAUGCGAAUGGGUUUAUUGGUGGAAAUAAAACCUACGAGGGAGCGCUAGAAAUGGCUAGAAAAACAUUAAGAGCACAUCGAAAUAAAGAGGAGUGAAUCGUUCUUUCCCGCUGCUUUGUUUCUAUUUUAAUGCAGCCUCUCUUUGGAAAAUAAAAUCCGACGCAUAACGUCAUGUGUAACGAAGACGUAACUGAACUGCUACUCGUACGCUCCGAAAAACGAGAUACCGCCGUGAAAGGCUGUUGCAUGGACGCUUGUUUUAUUCAAUGGCUUUUUUUAAGGAUGUUUCAUUUUUGUGUAUUGUUUACUCAGUGUUUUAGAUUGGAUUCUCUCAUUUUAACUACUCCAGUAACUUAAUAAAAUACGUGUGCUCAAAUAGAUUGUAGCUUCGAAUUUUUUGUUAGUCCAUUUUUAAUUCUGCUGUAGAAGAAAAAUU